AACAUAUGUCAAUUUGUGCGCCAAUUUUUCUUCUAAACUAAAUUGAUGGGAUAAUAAAGUUUGUUGUUUAACAGCAAAACGAAAUUUUUUACGAGACGUGUCCACUGAAUGAAACAUAUUAAAAGUGUUUAGUUGGGAUUAUUAAGUAUAAAGUCUAGGACUUGAGUAGCGUCGUGUUCGUCUUACCAGCAUAGAUGCCAUUUGUUACCACUUACCACCGUUCAGAAUUAGGGUGAUGGAGGCGUCACCAGACGCUCCAAGACGCACCCGCGCUGCACUGGCAGAGAUUCCGGCACGAUUAGACCGCCUGCGCGUUACUCCCCUGCGGCCCCUUACCAACACCAGGGAGGUAUCGCCGUCCCUCCCGCCAGGGUACCUUAGCCCUGCGCCAUCACCUGAUGAGUUCCUGAUCCAGCAAAGAGGUCGCAAACGUCUGCCAGUGACAUGGUCGCCCGACAUUGAUUUAAAGCGUUCAGCUUUUCAGUCUACGGUCCGCACACCACCUAAAAAUACACCAGGACGAAACUCACCGCCUAGGCUUGGUGUAACAUUACGUUCUACCCCAAGAAAGCGUCUUCUAUUAGGUGAUGUUGAACGAGUCCCACUCACCCCAGAAAAGAUUGACUUUAGCGACAUUAGUACGCCGCAAAAAUUUAAAAUCACAAGCCCGCUCAAAUUUACUCCGCCUAUAAAGCGAUCUCGUCUGGAACAUACCUUCGAUGGAGAAUUUAAGGGGCCGCUAGACACGGCUUUGAAAGGGCUCAGUCCGACACAGCUUAUACACAUGAUAAAGAGAAUAACUCAUAAACAUCCAGACAUUGAACAAGAUAUACGAAAAGAAAUGCCGACACCCGAUUUAUCACCUUUGGAGGAAAAACUAUCUUAUCUUAAAUCAAACAUAUUUAAAAGCCUUCCAACAUCACGCUUGACAUCUAAGACUGACUCCCCCGCUUAUUCGCGGGUCGCAACCCAUCUCGCUGCUUUUAAAAAGUGCCUCAUUGAGCAAGGAAAGGUUUUGGUUGAUUCUCAACAUUGGGAAACUGUUAUGAAAUAUGUAUUUCUCGCUUGGAGUUAUGUAAGGGCUACACCGGUUUGGGAUAAUCAGCCUCAUAAUGCGCAGCGAAAGCAGUGCUUUAAAGCGCUAACAAAUUUCUGUAUGACGGCACUCAAAAAGGGUGAUUUUGAUAGCUAUUUUAUGGCAGAUGUUCAAGAUAAACUGCAAGGCAUGGAAGCUGAUAGUGAAGAGGUCCAAUCUUGCCUUAAAUAUGUUCAAGGACAUUUGCGCGAUCAUUAGUUAAAUUAAUGUAAUAAUGCAGAAUGGUAUUUUUUGAUGAAGUGGUAAUGCCACAGGAUAAUGUUUACGAGAGGUUAUUGAAACCUCUUUGAGGCUUCAAUACUUUUUAAACUUCCAAUACUGUAAAUCUAGGACAAUCAAAUUAAUUUUCUUUUUUAUUUUGCUUAACAAUGAUUCAUUGUAAAUAAUUUGAUGUAAAAUAUGUGCGGUUUUCACUAUUAAUGAUGAAUUUUGUUUGUUUUUUUUUUUACAUGUUAGAUUUAAGAGCAAUGUAAUUAUUAUGAGCACAUAGUUUUAAAAUCUUUGAAAACUUGUUCUAUGUAAGCAAAUUUAAAUUUCUUCUAUUUGGAAAAUAUUUUACUUUUGUAAUAUUAUCUUUAAUAUUUUCAUUAACUUGUUAGUAGCAUUAAGAUAUGAAAUGCCAAAUACACUUGUCAAUGAGGGAUUUUCAAUUAAUUCUGUUUAAUAAAGAUUAAUUCACAUUAAUAAAUAAUACUAAGUGUCACUUGGUUUUGAUUUCAUAUUAUGUUUAAAAAAAAGCUGAAAAUCCCUUAUAAACUCUUUUUAACUCGAUGUAAAUUAAAUAAUUUUAGCAAAUAUUAUCUGUAGCAAAACCCAAUAUUAAUUUAGAUUUUUUUUUUAUAAUUAUUUUGUCUUUUAUUUUGUAUGAAAAAGGAGGCCUUAGAUAAAAGUGAUUUAUCCUCGAUAUAUGUAAGUGUAGUAAUUAAUAAUUGGAUUUUAAUAAUUGGUUACUUGUUUAGGUUUAUUUUAAUAAAUUGUAAUGUCUGUAAAAGUUGUAUGUAAAGUCUUAAAUAGUUCCGGCCUUAGUUCUUUAUGAAAAAUCAAGAAAUCAGUUAGAUAAUCCAUAUCUGAUUAAAUUCAGUUUAAUUAAAUAGUCGUACCGUUUUAUCCUUAAAGACAGAUGAAAUAAGUUUGCUAUUAGAAAUGUUUUUUUUUUCCAAUAAAAUGCGCAAACAGUUUCAAAAAAAAACAAAUUGAACCAUACUCCUAAUACGGAACGUUAGUUACAUCAUAAAAUAAUAUUAUCAACCUUGUCAUGCAUUUUUGACAAAAUUAUAAAACAAAAGAACUGUCCUACGUAACAUGGCGAUAUAAUCUGUACCCUGUCGGCACAACUAAAAGCCAUUAAACUAACAAUUGAAUUGAAAAAAAAAAAACUGAUUUAUUAAUCAAUCAGUAAAUUUGACAAAGGCGGGAUAUUUGGCGCCCUUUUCAGUUUGACACAUCAAAAACAAAUGAGUCUGGGAUCGGUUCUUCUUAAAAAUCAUAUUCGAUAAAAAUGUUUUUAAUGUUAAAACUAUGUAUUUCACAGUGUGCCUUAAAAUGUACCAAUUUUUUUUUUUAAUCGAUCGUAGUUUGUUUUAUAAACAAUAUAUCCUACGAUAUUCUUUGAUACCAGUUUGAAUUAUGUAUAGAAUGUAAGGUAAACAUUAUUUUCCAAUAAAUCGUGUUGAAUAAUA